AUGGCAUCUCCUAUUCAAGAGCUUCCAACUCUGCCUGAGAUUGGAAUCACACCCCCUUCGUCCUCUCUUGCAGUGAGGGCUUUCGUGUAUGCAAAGCAGCACUGCACAGAGAGCGUCUACAAUCAUGCAAUUCGUUCAGGGUACUGGGCAACAAUAAUUGCGAAGAAGCUUGCUGAGUUCCGCGAUAAUGCCAACCUCGACUUGGAGAUGGUAUUUGUCAGUUGUAUCCUCCAUGAUAUGGGUUGGGCAAAUACUCCAGAGCUGUUGUCAACCGAUAAGCGCUUCGAGGUCGAUGGAGCCAACAUCGCUCGAGACUUUUUGUUGAACGAAAAGCGACACGCCGAAGGAAACCUCAAUGACGCCACUAUCCAGCGCGUGUGGGACUCCAUCGCUCUUCAUACCACCGCCUCCAUCGCUCGAUAUGCUGCACCCGAGGUCGCUCUCACUCAUCUGGGUGUUACGGCCGAUUUCUUCGGUCCUAACUUUCCUGGACCCAACGGCGCACCUCUGAUCUCAGCUCAAGAGUAUCAUGCUGUCAUGGAGGUAUUCCCUCGCGCUGGUUUCAACACGGAGGGCUUCAAGCAAAUCAUGUGUGGACUAUGUCGUACAAAACCUGCGACAACGUACGACAAUUUCGUGAGUGUGAUAGGGAGGAAAUACGGCCUUGACGGAAACGGAGAAGGUAAGGAGGGGUAUACCCUGGCGUGGGAAGAGUCACAGACUCAGCUCAAUAACUUCUUGGUGCUUGGGUUGGAUGAACUCGAAGAAUCGCAUGACCCCAAGUGA